GUUGGGGUGGGUUUGGCACGAUCUGUGCCGGCACCUCGUUUGGACGGGCAGGCGAAGGAACGGGCGGCGCUGCCUGCCACAGCAGUCCUCAGCGGCUUUCCUUCUCAGUACAACUCCGCCCCGAGGGAGCCGAGCCCCCAGAGACACCUCCCUGGGUCGGCAUUCUAACAGCAUCUGCAACGAUCUGUCUUGUCACGACCCGACGGGUUCAUUGAACCGGGCCAGCCCCUCCUUAGGGGCAGCAGCGAGGCCAGUCCUGUAACCAGGUGCCUGUGCGGGCAUGCAGCCGGGAAAUGCCGAGAUCCCGGCUGGAGACCGGCUAACCGGGGCUGCUGCCCGGGGAGAUAUAACUGAAGUCCGACACAUUCUGCAUCUGGAGCUGGUUCAUCCCGACUCUCAUAAUCGCUUUGGCAAGACCGCGUUGCAGGUAAUGAUGUUUGGCAAUAUCUUUGUGGCUGAAGAACUGCUAAAGCAAGGUGCCAAUCCUAACAUCCAAGAUGGGUCUGGCACAACACCAGCCCAUGAUGCUGCCCGCACUGGCUUUCUUGACACCUUGAAAAUCUUGGUGGAGCAUGGUGCAGAUGUCAAUGUCCCAGAUGCUUCUGGCUCACUGCCCAUCCAUGUUGCUAUUCAAGAAGGUCACACAGAUGUGGUUUGCUUCCUGGCACCUCAAUCCCAACUGCAGCAGAAGGACUCCAAGGGGCAAACACCACUGGAGCUAGCAGAGCAUCUCGGGCUUUCACACAUCCAGUGCAUUCUUGAGCAGCAUCUCUCUGUCCCAGCUUAAUUUCAGAAAGACCCCUCUGGUCUGGACCAAGCUAACUUUCUGCUGCCUGCUAGGCCUCUAUUCCCCAAGAUUGUCCUUUUUUCUCCAGAGCCCUGGAACAAAGAUAGUUCCUUCUGCCCUACCUCAAAAUAUGUCUUUAAGUAUUUGUUUCUAUUUGUACAUAUUAUAUGAGUUCUCGGUACUUCUAAUUUCCAGCUUUUUCCAAAUGUGCCAAUCCCUUGAGAAUCACAUUGCACUGCAGCAUUUCUGCUUGACCUUCCCUAGUUACUAUCCUCUUGCAUUUCUUCCCUUGAAAUGGUCCCCAAAAUUAGAAGAAGCAUUUUGGAAAACAUUUAGGUUGAACAGAUCUUUUUGAGAGAACAGAUCUUUGUCUUUUUGAGACAAAGCCCACAUUUUCUACUAUACUGGGACCUCCUUCCAUUACAACCUACCCCAGAAUUUCAGCAGUCUGGUGAUGCUUGGUGUUUUCCUUCCAGGGAUAUAAUUCUGCCUCUCUCUUCUAUUCAAAGGAUAUGUAAGGAUCUAGCAAUUCUUUGAUGCAUUGCACUAGAUUCCUAACAAGAAUUAUUAUAUUGAUUAUAAUAAAGCACCAACAGUAAAUAUAUUAAGCGGUGGUUGGCAGAAAACUAGCCUUGAAUGGAAAACAUGAUGAGGAUUUUUUUUCUUUUUGGUGAGCAAGAUAUUCGUUCCCAUUUCUCUGCCAAAUAUGGGGUCCAGAAUUCCACAAGGUUUAAUUGUAUAGGAGUCUAACAUUUUUUUUAAAGUUUUCACCUAUUUUGUGAUUUUUCUAGUUUCUAUCUCAGGAGAUCUUAUGAUUCCUGAGCCAUUAGUAGCUGUUUCCCUCUUGACAUUUUGGUGUUUGGCCCUGCCUUUUAUGCACUUCUAAAGUGUGCUGAAUCUUUUAUCUUUGGCUAAAGUGUUUAAGGCUUGUUUUGAAGGCUUGUUCCCUGUGAUGAAUUUGUGGAUUCAAGCAAUGUAUAUAGUAGGUUUUAAAGGAGGCAAAAUAUAUUCUAUUUAUUGUGAUUUGCAAGGAUAAGUUUUAUGGAA